CUACAACUUCUCUUUCCAUCACUCUUCUAAAACCAAUACAACAACAACAGAAUCAGAUGCAGACAACAACUAAACCAAAAUAAAGCAACAGUGGUAGAAACAAGACAAAGGAAAACUCUAUGGACAUCACAAGAAACAGCAACACCAAGCUCCAUCUCCAAACUCAGCUUCUGUUUCCUCCUAAUAUGGAGAAAAACUCAAAUGUUAGCACAAACCCAUUUGGAGAAGACUCACUUGCAAACAGAAUCAACCUAAAGGAAACAACAGAUUUCAUAAAGUCACUGCCAAUUUCAUCAAACCAAAGCAGUAGUAGCAGCAGUGAGAUGUUAAACGAGAGAAGACCAAGUUUCUCAUCACAAAAGAGUAUUGGAGAAGGAAGAAGCAAUGGACAGAGAAGAUUGAUGUUAAUGGAGUCUCCUUGUACUCCAGGUAGAGGAGUCUUCAGUUUCAGUAGCAAUGUCUCUGGUAGAAGAAGAAACUUUCCUUCUAAAUGGAUUGAUGCUGAGAAAUGGGUCACUUCCUCCGGUCAUGAUUCUCCAGCACAUUCCCUCAAAAACACCCAAUUUGAUGGGUUUAAACACCAGGUGGAAGUUGUAUACUCAGAGAAAUCUAGGGUUACGGAAGAAUGUUUCCAUGGAUCUGUCUCAUUAUCUCCACAAGAUCUUAUCCUCAAAGAUAAGUUAGCAAACGAAGUUCCACAGAUUCUUCCAUCAACGGAAGGUUUUAUAUUCAAAGAUUCCGACAAGUUUCUCCGGUACGAGGAAGCUCAAGUUCAACACAGAGACAUGGGAACAGAGAUGACACCAAUAGGAAGUGUAACAACUUCAAGAUGUCACACGCCGUUUAAAAGUUCCUCUCCGGCGAGACACAACACGCCUUCGCAACUGUCUGGUCCGUUAACGGAAACUAAGAACGUUAUAGAUAUAUCCGAGUUCGCAGACAAGCUUAGACUCAGUGGGUCAACAGCGAGUCAGUAUUGUAACUCGGUGACGAGUCAUUGGAACUCGAGAGAAGAAGAAGAAGAAGAGAUAUCAAAGAGUUUAAGACAUUUCGAUAUGGAGAGUGAGUUAAGGAGAAGUGUUUCUGAAUCUAAAGCUCCUUUAUGGGAUGAUGAAGACGACAAGAUCAAGUUUUGUCAAAGGUAUCAAAGAGAAGAAGCCAAAAUUCAAGCAUGGGUUAAUCUUGAAAACGCUAAAGCAGAAGCUCAAUCUAGAAAACUUGAGGUGAAAAUUCAGAAGAUGAGAUCGAAUUUGGAGGAUAAAUUGAUGAAGAGAAUGGAUAUGGUGCACCGGAGAGCAGAAGAUUGGAGAGCUACGGCGAGGCAACAACACGUUGAGCAGAUGCAUAAAGCGGCCGAGACGGCGAGGAAGUUGACAAACCGCCGUGGCUAUUUGGUUACCGGCCGUAGCUCAUGCGAAGCCAAAAGAAGAGCAAAAGCAACUGUUUCUUCUUCUUCGAUCCCCAGAUCAAUCAGCUGGGUUUUGAUUCCGUUGUGCGAAGGACUUAAGAGGUUUUGCAGAUCGAAAUCGCAAAAGAAGAAGAAGAUGUUUCUCACUAGAACUGAGUAUGACAGAGGAGUCAACACUUUUUCUCCAGAAGGAAGGCUAUUUCAAGUGGAAUAUGCCAUUGAAGCUAUCAAGCUUGGUUCUACUGCAAUUGGAGUAAAGACAAAAGAAGGAGUAGUCCUUGCUGUCGAGAAGCGUAUCACUUCGCCAUUGCUGGAACCGAGCAGUGUGGAGAAGAUUAUGGAAAUUGAUGACCAUAUUGGCUGUGCUAUGAGCGGCUUAAUUGCUGAUGCUCGAACACUUGUUGAGCAUGCUAGAGUUGAGACUCAAAACCAUAGAUUCUCGUAUGGUGAACCAAUGACUGUAGAGUCCACAACACAAGCACUGUGUGAUCUGGCUUUACGGUUUGGUGAAGGAGAGGAAGAAUCAAUGUCUCGUCCAUUUGGAGUAUCACUUCUCAUUGCUGGUCAUGAUGAAAACGGACCAAGCUUGUACUACACAGAUCCUUCAGGAACAUUCUGGCAGUGCAAUGCAAAGGCAAUUGGUUCAGGCUCAGAAGGAGCUGAUAGCUCUCUUCAAGAGCAAUUCAACAAAGAUUUAUCUCUACAAGAAGCUGAGACGAUCGCUGUAUCGAUCCUCAAGCAAGUUAUGGAAGAAAAGGUGACUCCAAAUAAUGUGGAUAUUGCCAAGGUAGCACCAGCUUAUCAUCUCUACACUCCACAAGAAGUCGAAGCAGUCAUCGCUCGUCUAUGAUGGAAAAAUCUCAAUUUGGGUAAUUUACCUAUCCGCUUGUGUCACAAAACUUGUUACUUUUGUCUGUUAGAUUGAGGAUUCAUAUCAGAUUUUUAGUCUGUUGUGUAAGAGAAUCUUUUGUCUCCCAUGUCAUUCAAUAACCUCUCGGAUUUGUG